CGGGAGUAGAGCAGCAAUCAAAGUGUCGCGAACGCCUUAAACACACAAAGCACAGUAAUAUAAAGCGAUCCUUUAUAUACUAAGGGGAUUCUCAUUUUAAUUAGUUAACAAAAUACCAAUAAUAAAUAAGUUCUCAAGCGCUCUCAAUUGGCGAUCGUGUUAUCUGUGAACGUAUGUCCCCUCCCCUCUCCUCUCCUCUCCAAAUACGUGCGUUAUAAAUAAAGAUGGCAGCAAUGGACAUUUUGGUGAAAGAUGGCGGAUUUGGCACACAAAUGUCCGUCCAUGUGGGUGACGCAGUGGAUGGCGAUCCGCUGUGGAGUGCGCGUUUCAAUUCCACAAAUCCGGCAGCUGUGGUGGCCACACAUCUGGACUUUCUGCAGAACGGUGCGGACAUCAUAUUGACAAACACUUAUCAGACAAGUGUCGAAGGUUAUAUGGAGUAUUUGGAGCUGGACGAAGAGGAGAGCAUUGAGCUGAUAAAGAAGACUGUGCGUUUGGCUCAUGUUGCCAUGGACAAAUACAAGGCUGAAUACUAUCAGUCGCAUCAGAAGAUACCCGAGAAUAAGUUUAUAAUUGCCUCCAUUGGACCCUUUGGAGCACACCUGCACGACGGCUCUGAGUACACAGGCGACUAUGCCGAUUACGUGCCGGCGAAAACGAUAACAGAUUGGCACCGAGUAAGGAUCGAGGCGUGCCUGGAGGAAGGAGUUGAUGGCUUGGCUAUUGAAACAAUACCCUGUCAAAUGGAGGCCGAAGCUUUGGUCGAAAUGCUCUGCGACGACUACCCGGAUGUCAAGUUUUGGGUAACCUUCCAGUGCAAGGACGAGAAAACAUUGGCACAUGGCGAGUACUUUUCGGAUGCUGCUAACAGCAUUUGGGAAUUAUUGCGGGAGCGUAAUGCUCUUGACAGGUGCCUAGCCCUCGGCGUUAACUGUGUACAUCCACAACAUGUGACGCCAUUGUUCAAGAGCCUUAAUGGUGAACGCAGUGCCAAGGAAAAAAUCCCCCUGGUCGUCUAUCCCAACAGCGGGGAAGUGUAUAACGUUGUUGACGGGUGGCAUGGUCGUGAACACUGUGUCCCACUGGAAAACUUUGUACCCGAGUGGGCACAAUUGGGUGCAAAAAUUAUUGGUGGCUGCUGUCGCACCUAUGCCCGGGACAUAAGGCAUAUCAGCGAAGCGAUACAUGCAAUCAACAAGCUGAGAAAAGGUGCCUGACUAAACAUUUUAAAUUGAGCUUCUGAUCUCAGACGCAAAAGGGCCAUAUUAUUAAGUUACUCAAUUCAAGUAUAUGUAUGUAGGUUCACUAGUUUUUUAAAAUAAAAAGAAGAUAAAAUGAAAACUGAAUAACGUCAA